AUGUCGUAUAGAGAUUUAAGAAACUUCAGCGAGGCCAUGCGGUCGCUCGGCUUCCCUCAGCUGAUUUCUUUGGAGAGUUUCCGUAGUCCCAACUGGCCGCUGGUGGAGGCCUGCAGUCGCUGGCUGGCGGCUCGUGUGGAGCCCGACGCCUUACUGGCGGGCGGCGCUGACACACUCGAACAGAGAGUGGCGCUUGUCACUCACGCCACUGAACUAUUUCACUCUCGAGCGAAUCUAAAGUUAAAUGGGAAAAGAAUCUAUGGAGCGGACGGCUGGGCAGUGCGGGAACUAUUGAAGGUUGCCAAUCUGCUGCGGUCAGCUCUGGACACGCCGCGAAGAGACGACCAGCUCGCUGACACGGACAUGCUGGUGUAUGACGUCAGCAAUAGAAUCGGGGAAAUCAAACAGGCGAGGACCUUGGCAACGGAAAUAACUGCGCAGGGAGCAUUUUUAUACGAUCUGCUGGCGAAAGAACCUGACAAUAAGGAUCACAGAAACAAAGCUCUGUCUCGUCAAAUGGAUCUAUCGUCCCUGGAGACAGCGUUAUCCCGCGCCGUGGAGGCGAUGUCGUCUCGAGUGGACGCCGUGAGGGAACAGACGGCCAGCGUGGCGGCGAGUGAGGCCGCGCUUGAUGCCAAGAUAGAGAGGAGGAGGGCCGAGCUGCAGAGAGCUGAGAAGAGACUACUCACGCUACAGAAGAUCAAACCCGCCUACCAGAGUGAGCUCACCUCUCUAGAGAUGGAGAUAGCGAGUCUGUGGGAUCAGUACGUGUUGAGAUACCGCUGUGUGGAGGCUCUGAAACACAGGCUCAGUGUGCUGGAGACGGCUCAGGCUGAGGCUGCCGAAGAACAACAAGCGGCCAUAAUGCAGCUCAUACACAAGUAUGAAGCUGAAGAUGUGCUCGGGAAACUCAGCGACUCCGAUGACCUGGACUCCAGCGAUGAACCCAAAGAGAGCAAGCAGCCGCGCCCUCCCACGCGGCCUAAGACGAGGUUGAGAAUAAAAACAGCAGGUAUCUUACACACACACACACACAUACACACACACACACACACACACACCUCAAUAAGUCCUGACCGCGGCCCGCUCGCCCCCGGCCGUCUUUCCUCGGACUCCGGCUCCAGCUCCGAAAGCGACCUCUCUGACCCACAGCUCUAUGGAGGAGGCUGGCGUCCUCGGCCUGCAACACGAACUAUCGGAGCUCCGGGUGACUACGAGGAUAUUGUACAAGGUGAACAUAUAUAUGUUCCAGAUUUAGUAAUAAAUGAUGUUCCAGGUGUCGAGGACCCCGUCCAGGUGUUGUCUGAAGGCUCGGAGGGUUCCUUGGAGAGUGAACUGAGACUCACGGAACGAGUGGGGAGGAACUCCGCUCUCAGUGAUAAUGAGUUCUAA